AGUUCCAGAGGCACCAUCUCCACAAGCAGCAAUGGCCCACACCAAAGGAUUUCUUCUCAGCCUGAUGGCCGUCCUGGUCCUCCUUCUCUCCACGGCUUCCGGCUCUCCCGCCAGAGGAUACUUUGGUUCACCCCAACGCGGAGGACGCAGCUACACGGACAUUGCCCGAGUGGUCAAUCCCAAUCCAUACGCCUUCGUUGGAUCCAGAAACUAUCCCGGUCAGCCCUUCUGGCCAGUGGGAAAAUGAUAACUUCCAGAAGUCUCCUCUCAUGGCUAAGAAGAGUACAAGACUUGACUCAGGUUUUCAUGGUGCAGUGGACUGAAGUACCUGAAAUACUCCACCACUCUAGAAUAAGCUAAGAUAUAGUAGUAGUCGUAACUUAAGCAGUGAGUCGAAACUAUACUGAAAGUAUUACUAAAUCGGAAAAAUAAAUGUUAACUACUCAGAGA